AUGGCCUCUCAAAGUACCAAGAAGUUGGCAUCCACCAACACAGAGGCGUUGAAGCAGCUCCAUACCUUUUCGUUGGCCGUCAACGCUGCCGUCAUCCUCAUUUUGUACUUGUUCAGAAGACCUGCCAACUACAAGCCGUAUGUGAUCUUCUCGAUUCCAGCGUGGGUGUUGGAAUACUCGAUAGAGAGAAGCGGUCGUCCAGCAUACGCUGUCGAUCCAGCCAAUCCUCGCAGUGCCAAAUUGGUUCGUGCUGGUGACGACAUCACCCGUGCUGGACUCUACGAGUACUUUUUCGACACCAUCUACGUGACCUGGAUCAUCGACGUCUUGUUGGUGAUUUUGGGCACCAACUACGUGUGGUACUUGUACGCGGUGAUACCCGCAUUUGCAGGCUACAAGGUGUUUGGGUUCGUUUCUCCGUUUUUGAAGAAGAGCAAGGCUCCAGCAGCUGCAGACACUAAAGAAGAACCAACAGCCUCUACCAAGAGCAAGCGUCAGACCAAGUUGGAGGCCAGAAGAGAGAAGGGUCCUGCCGUCAAGUACCGCUGA